GGCGGUGGCCGGCCCGGCCGCGCCCAGAAAAACGAGUCGCACGACUCGUCCCUCUCCUUCGCUCGAUCCCCAACCUCCCCACUCGCGCUCGCGAUAGGGUUACAGGGCCGCCGCCGCCCGACAGCCCGCCCCUCCCGCUCGCCGGAAGCCCGCUGCUCUCCCCCGCCCGCUCGCUUCGAGGCCCGCAGCCGUUGCUCCGCCCCGGCCACUCCUUCGCCCCGCCUGCUCGCCUCGAGGCCCUCAGCCGCUGCUCCGCCCCGGCCGUUGGCCUCGACACCCGACGCCGCCUCGCCGGAGUUUGCUCGGGCCGUCGCCUAGGCUGAGCUCUCAUCUCCUCUCUGUCUUCUCUGUUCUGUUCUGGGUGCAGCUCUAUUCCUUCUUGUUCGUCUCUGUUCCUAGUGUACAUGGAAAAAUGGAUGGAUGUUUGUUUGUUUGGUAGGAGUAGAUGAUUUGCUUGAUGGCUGAAUGGAUGUAUGCUCGUUUUCAUGCUCAUAUUCGACAUAAAUUGUCCAAAACAACUAUUCCCAGUUUUAGUUUUAGCAAUUCAACACACAGUUUUAGUUCAGGGACAUUACAGACAUUUUAGCACACAACUCAUCCCAUAAAUCUCAGACCACAAUCUUAGAAAAGAGCUCGACAGCUGAUUUUGGGUGAUUCUGCAGGGAACUGAUUUUGGGGGAAGUUUCUCAAAAGCUGAUUUUGGAGACUGCGCGGUGGCUAUUUUGCGGCGGAGGAGGGGUAUGCGCAUUAUUUUGUCUCUGCAUAGUAGCGAUUUGAAUUUGAUAAGUAUAGGCAUAAGAGGGGAGAUUGGAGGCGGUGGAGAUGCAAAUCCUCUCGCGCUCGAUUACUCGAAGCGUCAGCAGGGUUGCCUCUGCUCUGCCUCGCUGCUGGUUUCCAGCACUUGCGCGAGGAGAUGCUCCACGAAAUCAACAUCUUGAUCGUCUUUUCCUUGAGAAGAGUACACUGAAUUGGCUGCGCCAGUUCUCCAUACAUGGCGUGAAUGAGACGAAGACUAAUAAUGCAGCAGAGGACAGUGUCCAGACGUUAAACACUAGUUUAACUGAAGAUACAUGUUACAUGCCGAUAAUUUCAGGGAGCAGCCACCGUGAUGGUGCUAUAUACAAGAGAGCGGCUUAUUGGGAACAUAAUUACUUUUUUGAUAUCGCUGACCGUACAGAGACUCGGUUGGAGCCAGCGCGUGCAUACGAUAUACCGCGUAACAUGAUGCAGAUCUUUUCAAUGAAGUUAGCUAAAGCUCCUAUCAACAGUGGCUCAAUACAGUUAUAUGGAUAUAUAGCAGCACGUGAUGAAGUUGAUCUAAGACUCAAUUAUGUUUUCAAUCGCAGCAGGGAUGAUCCCAUCAUCGUGCAGCAGGGUUCUCUAAUUGAAAUGAACGGCCCUAAGAGAGCCAUCCUGUUGAUAUUUGAUGUGCUACUUGAGUUUGACAUGAGGAUCAAGAAUGGGGAGAAUGAAGAGGAUGAUUUACAGCUGAUUGAUGGAAUCUCAGAAUUUGACGGUUUACGCAUGUCGUGGAGACCGCACGAGGUUCGCAUUGGUGGAAAUUGUGGUGCAGUUGAUACGUCUUUUGCACUUGUUCAUAGUUCAGUUGAGGCCACAGUACAAGUUAUCAUAUCAAAAGUGCAGACUGGCUUUGAUUUAUCUCUCAGUUCUACGAUUGCUCUUCUGGAGAUGAAUAAAGAAUUCCAGCUCUUCAGUGGAAAUAUUAGUGAGUCCUGUGGCUUAGGAAGCUUUGUGAUUGCUGUCACAUGGGAUACGCUGAUGAAUUUGAAGUUCAAGGUUGAUCACGAAGGCUGUAACAAUAAUAUUGAACGCAAUUGUUCCUUCAAAGCUAAGUUAAAUGGACACACCAGCCAUCAGCUAAAUCUCGAGACUGCCUCAAUUUUAGUUAAGGUGACUUGGGCUGUGUUGCCUGCAUCGUUGAGCAAUUAACAGUAUUGUGUAGUCCUGCACUGAAUGGAUUUGUUUACUUGGUUGUGCCGAAAGCUGGGUCAGUUUUCGUCCUCCAAGCUGGUUGCUGGAAGGUGACACUGAUCGGUGACAAACUGUCACCAAAGGAGAAGUUGAAGGAAACCCAGUGUCUGCAGUGUGCGCAAUCACCGAUCAGUUAGAGUUUCGAGCCUGUUAGACUCUGUUUUCUGACAAAUUUUGCCCACAGUUUUUCUUGUUUAGUCUUUGUUUCUGUUGAUUAACGUCAGUCUAUCCCUUCAUUGCUUAGCACCUGGCAGUUCUUGUUGCUCCACAUUGUAAGCCUCUCACACCUAGCAAAGACGCAACACUGAGAAAUUCCUUGGUUAAUUCGAACA